AUGGACACGAUAAACUUCGACAUCAACGAUGCCCUCAAGCAUUACAUGAGUGAUCCGGCCAGCGUAGCCACGCCGGAGGCAGACACCUCGCUGGUGGACUGCGAAAACGACCCGGAAACCCUCACAAAUGCCGUCAUCAACCCGGUGCUCAACUCCAUCGUUGACGCCGUCGCCGAGAACCCGGACUUCAUAACCCGCAGUGCAUAUUUCGAUUCGCUGCAGUUUCUACUCAAGUGCGCUCCCACUUCCUAUAGCCCCUUGCCCACGGACAAUCCUCCUGGCCUGUCAUUCUCUUCACCUCGUCACAGUUCCUCUCGCGUGCAAAGACAAGAACCAAUUUCUGAGCUAUUCGUCCAAUCCAGAUCCGUCCAGUUCCUGCCCACCCAUGCCCUCAGCAAGAUCUUCGACCUGAUCAUGAGUGGCCUGGCUGCAGAGGCCGACGCCGUCAACAACGACCUCGAAAACCCGGACGACCAGGACAUCAUUGCCCACCACAAGACCCUCCUCGAGGUCUACGGCUUCCUGCUCCAAUGGGCCACCGCCUGUGUCGAGAUCAAGGCCGCCGAGAAGUCCUCAUCAGCUCCAGCUGCACGCGCGAGGGGCAAAGGCGCCAAGUCCAAGAACGCCGCCGCCAGGGACAAGGAUGGCGCAUGGGAUAGCGCCGCCCAGCUGCAAACAGCACUCGACGUCAUGUCCAAGGUUCUGAAGUUGAAGCUGGCCAAGAUAUUCUUGACCACGAGCGAGCGCGACACCUUCAUCGGCCUCCUCACUCGCCCCGUCUACAUGGUCCUGGAAAGCGAGCAGAGAUGCAAGAACACACACAUCCGAAUGCAUGCCUUCAAGGUGCUCUGUAUAGCAGUAAAGCACCACGGCCAUGGAUACGCCGCCCAAAUCUCUAUAGUACAGAACUUGACCUACUUCGAGCACUUGUCCGAACCCAUGGCCGAAUUUCUCCACAUCUUGUCUGAGCAAUACGACUAUCCCCAACUCACAGACGAGAGUCUGCGAGAGCUGAGCAAUAAAGAGUUCAGCACCAACGAUACAAGAGGCCCCAAGUCCGUCUCGGCCUUCAUCGUAAAGCUUUCCGAGCUCGCACCAAGGCUCGUCAUCAAGCAGAUGACCAUGCUUGCCAAGCAAUUGGACAGUGAAUCAUACACCCUCAGAUCCUCCCUCAUUGAGGUGUGUGGCAACAUGAUUGCCUAUCUCUCAAGGCAAGAAGAACGAAGUGAAAACCACAAGUCACAGCUCAAUGCUUUCUUCGAUGUGCUCGAAGAACGUUUCCUCGAUAUCAACCCCUACUGCAGAUGUCGUGCAAUCCAAGUCUACACCAAGAUCUGCGAACUGGACCAGAAGUUUCCCAAGCGGCGCCAAAAGGCGGCUGAACUCGCCUCACGCAGUCUGGAAGACAAGAGCAGCCACGUCAGAAGAAACGCCAUUAAGCUAAUGGGUACUCUGAUCAAGACGCAUCCAUUCACCGUGCUGCAUGGCGCACAACUUGCCCGCAAGGACUGGCAGGAACGUCUUGACAAGGUUGAUGCCGAGUUGACUGCCCUUCAGCCACCCGCUGGCGAGCCAGGUCUUGGAGAUACGACAGCCAAUGGCAAUCUUGUCGACGAGCCUACACAGCUCGAAUCCCCCCAAAAGGCCAGUAUUCCUCAGAAUAUGACCGAAGAGGAGAAGGAGGCCAUUGUUCGCAAGGCGCAAGAGGACGCUGCUACAUCCGAGGCUAUUGAGAAGCUGACGUUGACCAAGAGAUACUACACUGACGCUAUCAAGUUCAUCGAAGUGCUGCAGGAGUCGACAUCUACUGUUUGCCAACUCCUCGGCUCCAAAAACAAGUCCGAAGUCAUCGAGGCCAUGGACUACUUGGAAGUCGGCAACGCCUACAACAUUGAGGACAACAUGGUCGGCAUUCGGCGCAUGCUGCGUCUGAUCUGGACCAAGGGCAAUAGCGACGAGGGCAAGGGUGUUCAAACUCACCUGAUCGAUUGUUACAAGAGGCUCUUCUUUGAAGCGCCGGACCACUUCACCUCCAAUGAUGCCGCUGUUUACGUAGCGAGAAACAUGAUUAGUCUUACAUCUGGCACAACGCCUGCCGAACAGACCAGUCUGGAGCAACUUCUCGCUACUAUGAUGAAGGGCGGCAUGAUCUCAGAUCUCGUUAUUACUAAACUGUGGGAAGUUUACGGUUACCAGAGACGAGAGAUUUCAAAGUCUCAACGACGCGGCGCCAUUAUGGUCCUCGGUAUGCUGGCAACCGCAAACCCGGAGAUCGUAGUUGGGGAGAUGGAGACGAUGCUGCGAGUAGGUCUUGGUUCCUAUGGACGCAACGAUCUUCAGCUAGCCAAAUACACAUGCAUUGCUCUGCGCAGACUGAACCCAAUCGGCCGGCAGCAGAAGGAUUCCCAAAUCAAGUUCAGUCGUUUACCAAACGAUCAUGCCGUCCUGGCCAGACUUGCUGCCAUCACCGAUGUGCCGAGUGACAGCAAAGACUGGUUCGGCGUGGCUGAGCAGGCAAUUAACGCCGUCUAUGUCCUGUCCAGACACCCCGAUGUUCUGUGCGGAGAAAUAAUCAAGCACAAGACGAAGGCUGUCUUUUCGUCGCAAGUAAAGUCGCCAUCACGACCAGUCUCACGCGACUUUGAUCCCACCAUCACGGCUCCGGUUGCCGACUCGCAAGGACUGACGACCGCUCUUAACGAGCCGACCCAGACUGUUGACCGGCCAACAUCGGAACCACCCGCCGAACCCAAGCAGAAGACAUCCAUUGCCUUGUCGCAGCUGCUUUUCGUCGUCGGACACGUCGCUAUCAAACAGAUCGUACAUCUCGAGCUUUGCGAACUCGACUUCAAACGCAGAAAGCAGGAAAAGGAGAAGUUGACGUCCAGUGAACCAGCUGCGGAGGCACCGACACCGAACCCCAAGGGUCGUAAGUCUAAGACCCCGGCACCGGCACAAGAAGACGAGGGCGACGAGCUCGACCUCAUUGGUGGAACGACAGAGGAUGACUUCACGGAAGCCAUGCUUCAUAUUCGCGAGCGUGAAUUGCUGUUCGGUCCGCAAUCGUUGCUUGCCAACUUCGGUCCCAUGGUGGCGGAGAUCUGCUCAAGAAGCGAUAUCUAUCGGGACAAGGGCCUCCAAGCUGCAGCUACGCUUGCUCUGGCCAAGCUUAUGUGCGUCAGCUCCGAGUACUGCGAGGAGCACUUGCCCCUGCUCAUCACCAUCAUGGAGCGCAGCCCUGACCCCACCGUCCGCUCCAACGUCGUUAUCGCUCUUGGUGAUAUGGCAGUUUGCUUCAACCAUCUCAUUGAUGAGAACACAGACUUCUUGUACCGCCGUUUGGCUGAUUCUGAUCUGUCGGUCAAGAGGACAUGCUUGAUGACACUGACCUUCUUGAUCUUGGCUGGACAAGUCAAGGUCAAGGGUCAACUGGGUGAGAUGGCCAAGUGCCUCGAGGACAGCGACAAGCGCAUCGCCGAUCUCGCACGCAUGUUCUUCAGCGAGCUUAGCACCAAGGAUAACGCCGUGUACAACCAUUUUGUCGAUAUGUUCAGCUUGUUGUCUGCUGGCAACUUGGAGGAAGACAGCUUCAAGCGGGUUGUCAAGUUCUUACUUGGCUUCGUUGAAAAGGACAAGCACGCCCGCCAAUUGGCCGACAAGCUCGCCGCUCGUCUGCCCCGUUGCGAGACUGAGAGACAAUGGAACGAUGUCGCUUUUGCUCUUGGUCAAUUGCAACAUAAGAAUGAGGAGAUCACAAAGGUUGUUGGAGAAGGCUUCAAACUGGUGCAGGCCUCUGCUUAG